GGUUUACUGUUGCCCAAAAUAGUUGUAAGUGAGUAUGGUGGCGAAAGAUCGGAUUCUGGUAAUCUUGGUAGUGGAAUUUACUUUGCCGAUUCAUGCAGUACAAGUUUGCAAUAUUGCAACAUCAACAAGAAUAAUGGCACACGAAUGAUGCUCGUUUGCGAAGUAGCUCUAGGAAAGAGUAAAAUUUAUAGAGACCAACAUUUAGAGCUUACUUCACCGCCAUCAGGCUAUGAUAGUGUGCAUGGGAUUGCCAGCUCUGAAAAUGACCUAUCCUAUUUCACGAAUAACGAAUACGUCAUCUACAACUCAAAGCAACAAAAGCUUAGGUAUUUAAUAGAAUUUUCAUUAUCGAAAGACCCUACGAAGAAAAUCAAAUCGACUACAGGCCUAACUGGACAUGAAUUUAUACCAUCACCUUUAUUUCUUAAUGGGUCAGUCCAAAUUGACGUAAAUGAGUUGCAAAAUAAUCAGUUGAAUAAGCUCACCGAAGCUGGAUUAAAGACAAGUAACAGUGAAACACUUCCACUGACUGACGUUCAUUUUAGAGUGAAAUUAUUAGACUUAGCUUCUGAGGUUGUGGUUUUGCAACGCUAUUAUAAUAAUUCGAAUAACUCUAUUGAAGCAAAGUACGUUUUCCCAUUGGAUGAAAGAGCUGCAGUUUGUGGCUUUGAAGCAUUUAUCAAUAACAAGCACAUUGUUGGUCAAGUUAAAGAAAAGGAACGUGCGCAUAAAGAAUACAAAGAGGCUGUCAGCCGAGGCGAUGGAGCUUAUCUUAUGGAUGAAGAUUCUCCUGACGUUUUUACCGUUAGCGUUGGCAACCUUCCUGCGAAAGCAAAUGUUGUUAUUAAGAUUACAUACGUAACCGAAUUAGCUAUAGAAGAUGAAUACUUAGAUUUCUUUUUACCCUCUAAUCUGGCUCCAUGGAAGACCGGAGCUGCUCUCUCUAACAAGACACAAGAUACAGUCGGUGUCGUCAAGAUUGAUGAGGCUAAAGCAAUCGAUGCAUCAAUACAAGUUAGCGUCGAAAUGCCAUUUGAAAUUAGGGCCAUCAUGUCGCCAACGCAUAAUAUCAAGCAAAAGUGCACUGCCACCAGAGCUGUUGUCGAUACAGGAAAAAUAACGUCGUUCGAUAAAGGCUUUCGAUUGCUCAUUCGAUUAGCUGAAAUACACGUUCCUAGGAUGUGGGCUGAAACUCAUCCAGAAAAGGGCAGCCAGGCCUGCAUGCUAACAUUCUAUCCAGAAUUUGAAACUGUGGAAACGAAAGAGCCGGAAAUUAUUUUAGUUCUUGAUAUGUCUAAUUCAAUGAAGGAUUGCUUGCUUGAUGUGAAAAAAUUGGCAUUAUUGCUAUUGAAUAACUUACCAUCAAAUUGUCUAUUUAAUAUUGCUGUAUUUGGAACCUCGCACAAUGAACUUUUUCCUUGUAGCCAACAAGUUGCAAAGGACACUAUCAAUAUUGCGCAGCAAUUCAUCAUGACAUUAUCAGCUACAUGGGGAGAUAGCCAGUUCUUUAAUAUUUUAGAUAAUUAUCAUCACAUUGCGAAAGGAUUAAAGUCCAACGGAGCUUAUAAUUUGUUUGUAAUAUCAGAUGGUCACUUUCCCGCUGAAAACUCAAUUAUUGACAUCACCAGAAAAGAAAUUAAUUGUUUGAGAAUAUUUACAUUUUCAAUCGGGAAUGUAUGCAAUCGUUACUUUAUGCGAUUACUUGCAAAAGUUGGGGCUGGUUACCAUGAGCAUUUUGAUAGCAAUUUAAAAUCGAAAUGGAAUAGCAAGAUUAAGAAGCAGAUUGAGAAAGCAUUUCAGCCAACAUUAACUUCUGUGAAUGUAAAUUGGCAACAAUUUGGCCAAAGUUAUCAAUCAAAUAUGCAGGCGCCAGCUGAUAUUGUAGCUUUAUUUAAUGGAUCACGGCAAGUAAUCUAUGGAUUUAUUCCUAACUGCUUGCAGGCAACCUUAGAGGCAGAAAUAGGUGGGACACAAAUUUCAACCGUCGUCUCUACUUCGGAAUUAAGCAAGACAUCAGGAAAGAUCUUACACCAGUUGACAGCUCGAGCACUUAUUCGCGAUUAUGAUGAAGGUGCAUACAAUAAUGAUCGAACAAAUCAUGAGGUAUAUAAUACAGAGUUAGAUUACGAAUCAGAGGUGUUCAAUCUGGAUAAACUUCUUAAAGCCGAGAACGUCGAUUAUCUACCUUAUGUUUCGUGGAGUGGAGAUUCGGUAUUAUACUUUAAGUUAAUUAUUUUUGACUUAUUAGCUGAAAUAUUCGGAAAUAAAUUUGUUUUAAUAUGA